AUGGAAGGCGUCAACGCAGACACGAAGCUCGAAUCACUCACGGAUGCGCAGCGUCUCGAGUUGGCCGAAAAGCUCAAAUCUGAAUCCACGUCCAACCAGCCCCUGAUCUCCGCCGUCGAACCCAUCGAGGUGCUGCAGCACGAAUAUGCGGGCAACGACGCCUUUCUCGGAAAAAUCAACUGGCUCAAGGACGAAGCUGGCUUUAUCGGCAUUCGUCGCGCCAAGGGCGAUGGGGACUGCUUCUACCGCGCGUUUGCCUUUGCGUUUAUCUACAAGAUUAUGAUGAUGAAGGACCGACCUAUGCAUCACUUCACCGUCAAACAUGUGGAGUCGACGCUGCAGCUGCUCAAGCAGGCCGGAUUCGACGAGGAGGUGGUGACGGACUUUUAUGAGCCGCUGAAGAACCUGCUCAGCCGCAUGUACUCGACGGACCCGGAGUCGAAGGAGCUCAACGAACAUGCGCUGGUCGAGGCGAUGAACGACCCGGAACAGUCCAACUCAAUUGUGGUCUACUUGCGUCUGCUCACGUCGGCGUUCCUCAAGCUCAACGCGGACGAGUACACGCCCUUCCUCUUCUCGCUCGAUAACGCGAGCGCCGACGCGGCGCCGCCUGACAUGGCCAGCUUCUGCGCCAACCAGGUCGAGGCGAUCGGCAAAGAAGCGGACCACGUCCAGAUCACCGCGCUCUCGCGUGCACUCAAAGUCUCGCUCGACGUAGCGUACCUCUCGCCGCAACACGCCCCGCCCGCAACACCGCUCGACGAAGACUUCCCCGCCGAACAACUGCACCAGUCGCAAGAAAACACCUCCAGUGCUCCCAGCGCCACGUCCGAGUCAAUAGCCGUGCCCGGCGAGGAGGCGCAAAAGCGCAGGGCCGCCGCCGAACACCCACACCGCUGCGACGUCGUCCGCUUCGAGGUCGAGGGCGGCCAGAUCACCGAGAUCGGCACCAUGCUGCUCAGGCCGGGACACUACGACUUGCUCGUCGAGGCGCCUGUGCCUGCUUCGCCCGAGCCCGAGAUCCCCGCCGUGCUCUCCACUUGA